GUCUCCGUGUAUUUUCACGUAAUCUCAGCGGAUGAUACUACCUCUGGGGGGGACGUCCCAGACUCCCAGAUUUCAGACCAGAUCGACGUCCUGAAUCAAGAUUACUCGUCUUCCGGGCUCACAUUCACACUCGCCAAAACCACACGUACAGUCAACUCUGACUGGUUCAACAAUGUCGGCCCAGACUCCUCCCAGCAAACAGAUAUGAAAAACCAAUUACGCGAGGGAGAUGCGGCCGACCUCAACGUCUAUACUGUUGGGUUCACCAGUGGCUCUGGAGAAGGGUUGUUAGGAUAUGCGACAUUCCCAAGCGACUACCAAGGCAAUCCAAAGGAUGACGGAGUUGUCAUUUUAUUCUCAAGCUUACCUGGAGGAAGUACAACUAACUAUAACGAAGGACGUACAUUAACGCACGAAGCAGGCCAUUGGGUUGGACUGUACCAUACUUUUCAAGGCGGAUGCUCCGGAGCGGGUGAUCAAGUGGAUGACACGCCAGCAGAGGCUAGCCCAGCAAGCGGUUGCCCUACGGGACGCGAUACCUGUUCUUCAACAGGUGUAGAUCCGAUCCACAACUACAUGGAUUAUUCGUUUGAUUCGUGCAUGAACCAGUUCACUGCAGGCCAAACUACACGCCUGACCAACCAGAUCGCUACUUACCGAGGAUUGUAG